UUGUUGUCCUCCCAAGUGAAUCUCUCUGCUACGGACUUAUGACAUUUAUGUCUCUCUCCCUUCUCCUCUCCCGUUCCCUCUAUCUCUUCUCUCCUCAACCGUCUGCCCGAUCCCUUACUCCUUGGUGAUCGGCUGUGGAGCUCGUCUCCGGCGGCAGUCAGAAGCUCGAAGCUAGUCAGAGCCCCCUCUCUCCUCCUUCUCCCUCUUUUUUUUUUUCCUUGACUGAAUCGAGUCAGGACUUGAGAGAAUUGGGCUCUUCCAUAUCCCUCGGAUUGGGGUGGGGAACCCCCGCCGGCACCGAGCCAGCUGGGGCGCCCCCACCCCGAACCAGAGAUCUGGAACCUCAUAUCUCUCAAGUCCUGACUCGAUUCCGUCGAAUGCAGGUGACAAAGAGGAGAAAAAUGGGAGGUGAGGUUGUGGAAGAAGAGAAUGCUGAUCUAAACACGAGCUUUAUCCGUAGGGGCGAUGCUUCCGAGGUCGACCUUCUUGAGAGAACCGGUACAACUUGGACAGCAGUGGCACAUGUAUUAACAGGGGUGGCAGGAAUAGGAGUGCUGUCCUUGGCAUGGAGCGUUGCGCAGCUCGGGUGGAUCCUCGGUCCUCUCUGUACAAUCAUCUUUGCGGCAGUGACUCUUUUUUCUUCUUUCCUUCUAGCUGAAUGCUACAGACAUCCGGAUCCCGAGCACGGACCUAUCAGGAACAAGUCUUUCAUGGAAGCUACUAAGCUCUAUUUAGGUGACAAGCACCACGCGGUAUUCGGAUUUUUGGUCCAGUUCACCAUAUUCGGGAUGGCUGUUGUCUUCACCAGCACCGCCGGUAGCAGUCUACGGGCAAUUCAGCAGUCAAACUGCUACCACAAAUACGGGCAUGAUGCUCCAUGCCAAUAUGGGGAUAAUCUGUACAUGAUGCUCUUCGGGUUCAUCCAGAUAUUUCUUUCUCAGAUACCCAAUUUCCAUAGCACAAGAUGGAUCUCUGUAACGUCCUUGGUCAUGUCCUUGUGCUUCUCAUUCAUCGGCAUUGGACUAGGACUGGCAAAAGUAAUUGAAAAUGGAACAGUAAAGGGCAGUAUCAAGGGGGUCUCCCGUUCCGAUUCUGCUAGGAAAAUAUUUGUAAUAUUCACGGCGCUUGCAGACAUUGCUUUUGCAUAUCCGUUGGCAAUUAUUCUUUUUGAGAUCGAGGACACACUGAAGUCGCCUCCACCAGUGAACAAGACAAUGAAGGCCGCCUUGACGGUUGCGCUCUCCAUCACCGCUUUAUUUUACCUCUCUUAUGGAUGCAUUGGGUACGCAGCAUUUGGUGACAGCACGCCUGAGAAUCUCCUCACGGGCUUUGGUUUUUACGAGCCCUAUUGGCUUGUCGACUUUGCAAAUGCCUGCGUUGUUAUCUAUCUGAUGGGAGCAUAUCAGAUUUACGGUCAGGCGGGUUUCUCUAUGCUGGAGAGAGGGUUCCGUGAGAGAUUCCCAGACAGCAGGUUACUAGACAAGUCCUAUUCCUUGAAGUUUCCAUUAUUACCGACAACCCAGAUGAACCUCUUUCAAGCCUGUUUCCGAGCACUGUACGUCGUAAUAGCGACUGUGAUAGCAAUAACCUUCCCGUACUUCACCUCAGUCAUCGGGGUCUUGGGGGCCAUAAUCUUUUGGCCAUUUUCGGCAUAUGCUCCCGUGCAGAUGUACCUUGUGCAGAGGCAAGUCAGAACUUGGAGUAGGAAGUGGAUUCUUCUCACUGCAUUUAGCGUAGUCGGGUUCGUCAUUACAGUCAUAGGAAUUGUUGGGUCACUCGAGGAACUUGUUCGUGCCAAAAUCAAUUGAGAAAUUAAAGAGCUAGGGGAUGAUGGAUCAACUUAAGGACCUUCCCCUUGAUAAAAUCCUAAUAUAUUUAUAGUCAAAGAACCUAUUUCCAAUUGGUGUUUUUCUGGCGCCUUUCAAAGCAUUGGCAAGAGUGUCGACGUGAUCAGUUGUUAAGAAGAAGGUAAGAGAUCGAUCCUGUUAUAUAUCAUGUAAGGUCAAGCGUCAAAAGAAAAUCCCACGUCGGAAAAAAAAGAAAGAAAAAUGUAAUUACAUGAAAGGAGAUGGUUCUUGAA